CUUUGAACGUAGACACAACCCUUGAUUGAUAUCUCCAACACUUCGAUCACGGUCGAAACUGUAUACCAAAUUACGGGUAUCCGAUUUCCAUUCCAAAUACCGGCGACCCUAGAUCCUUUUGUUUCUGGCAUCUCUCAAAACCUCCCUCCCUUCGAUGAGCUCGAUCAGAGCCCAUCAUGGCAAAUGUCUUCGAUGACCAGGGAGAUGCGGGUUUCCGUCGAAGGAGACCGAGACCCAUCACCGACUACGGUACAUCGAUGGUUCAGUGGAUGAACGAUCGGAAACCGGCAUACCGAGGAAGCUAUCACUACGAACAAGAACGACCCAGCCUCAGCUAUCUUGUCGACAUAUUACCACCUCCGGCGAAACGAGAUUCCCCGGCCGAAUCGAUACCCGUGCGUCACCUGCACACCUCGUUGGGGAAAUCCAAGAAACCCGUCACCGUGGUCAGAUGGAUGCCCGAAGGUCGUCGACUCCUGGCCGGUGUCCACAACGGCGAAUUCAUGCUCUGGAACGGCAUGUCCUUCAACUUCGAGACCGUCACCGCGAUGGGAUCGAGUUCACUCCGCGCGGCGGAAUGGUCCAACCGCAAAGACUGGCUGGUCGCCGCCAACGACGAAGGGACCGUCUACUACCUCCAAGCCACGCUCAACAACCCGCAUCAAUUCAAGGGCCACGACGCUCCCAUCCGCGACAUCGCGUUCGCCCCCGGCGACACCAAGUUCGUGACCGCAUCCGACGACAACACCUGCAAGAUCUGGGACUUCACCUCUUCCGCCGUCGAAUCCGUCUUCAAGGACCACGGCUGGGACGUGAAAGCGUGCGACUGGCACCCGACCAAGGCCCUCAUCGUGUCCGGGAGCAAGGACCACAGCGUGAGGUUGUGGGACCCUCGCACGUCGCGCAGCCUGACCACCCUCCACGGCCACAAGAACGCCCUCACCGCGACGGUCUUCAGCCGUGUCCGCGACCAACUCCUCGCCACGUCCAGUAGAGACGGACAGACGCGCAUUUUUGACCUUCGCAUGAUGCGCGACGUCGCCAUCCUCCGGGGCCACGAAAAGGGCGUGACCAGCGUCGCGUGGCACCCCAUCCACCCCUGCCUCAUCAGCACGGGCGGCGACGAGGGUUCUCUCCACUCGUACCUCCUGACCGAACCCAACACACCCGCAGGAAUAUCCUCGACCACGAUCUCUCCGUACACUUCGUCCGACCCGCGCUCCGUCCCCGCCCAAUCGAUCUACCCUGCCCACCGCAUCCCACACGCUCACGAAUCCUCCAUCUGGUCCCUCGACUGGCACCCGUUGGGACACAUCCUCGCGACGGGCUCCAACGACCACUUUACCCGGUUCUGGUCCCGCUCUCAACCGGGCGAAACCACCUGUUUCAAGGACAAGUUCCACCUGGGCGAAGAAGGAGCCGAGGCCCAGGGCACGUGGGACCGCAAGUUCGGCCAGCGUCAAGCAAAGGAGCAAGAAGAGCAAGAGGCCGAAGACGAAGCGGAAGGUCUCGAAGAUCAAGCCCUGUCCGGUCUUCAAUCCGCCGCCGCAGGGUUUUCCAUCCCCGGCCUACCUGGUUUGGGAGCGCUUGGUGGUGGUGGCAGUGGGUCAACACCAUCUUUACCAGGUAUCGGUGGUGGUGGUGGUGGCUUCAACAACAACAACAUUCACCCUCCUCCUCUUCCUCCUCCACCCAUGAACCUCCUACCAGGUCUACCGAAUUUACCUGGUCAACAACAACAUCCCAACAGCAACGGUCCUCCCAUUCCUCAGAUUCCAGGUGUAGAUGCAAAUUCACUUCAAAGAUUACUGGCAAUGUCUCAACAGAAUCACUCUUCUGGUUCUGCCGGUGGUGGUAACUCUACUUCUACUUCGUUUUGGCCACAACAGCAGCAACAACAACAACAACAACAACCACCGACGGCAGUACCGCCGAUUGACUUUUCAAAAUUGAACCUCCCACCUGGAUUCCCGCCACCUCCACCUCCUCCUGGACAAUUACAAGGACAAUUACCUCCUGGUCUCCCUGGCCUUGGAGGAUUAUCGAUGCCCGGGGCAAUUCCUGGUUUGGGUGGUGCCGGUGGAAACAAUUCAAAUUCAAGCACGCCGAGUAACAACAAUCAUGCGGCGGACACCGGUGGGUCGAGAAGGAGAGCACCUUUACCGAGCCAACGUGAUGGGUUCAAGGCCGAACAGGCCAGAGGGAAUUAUCGCGUGGCUAGGUAGUUACUUGGCAAGAUACCUAGCUACGUACCUAAAACCCACAGGUUCAUCCCAU